AGACCUCGCCCCGCCCCGUGCCCUCCCGCGGCUCCGCGGCGGGGCUCGUCCCGGCUUCGUGCGUCCUAUGGUGAGAGCGGAGCCUUCGUGAACGCCGCGCGGAGGGGCCUCCCCGGCGCGCACUCGCCGCCCCCCGCGGCGACCCGGGUCCCCAUGGACACCCGCGGACGCGAGGCCCCCGGCGCGGCGCUGCGGAGCGCGGCAGAAAAUCUACUUCAGGAACUUCAAGAACAUUUUCAAGCUCUGACUGCAACAUUAAACCUCAGAAUGGAAGAAAUGGGAAGUCGUAUCGAGGACUUACAGAAGAAUGUAAAUGACCUAAUGGUGCAAGCUGGGAUUGAAGAUUCUAUUAAAGAACAAAUGACCUGAAGAUGUUAUUGGACAAGUCCCUUGAAAUUGAUGAUAUGAAAACUGUACUUUUUGAGUUAUAAUCUAUGUAAUAUGAAUUCCAAUUUCCAGUAUUUAAAAAUUCAUUUUAGGGCCGGCCCAUGGCUCACUUGGGAGAGUGCGGUUCUGAUAACACCAAGGUCAUGGGUUCGGAUCCUAUGUAGGGAUGGCCGGUUUGCUCACUGGCUGAGCAUGGUGCUGACAACUCCAAGCCAAGGGUUAAGAUCCCCUUACCGGUCAUCUUUAAAAAAAAAAAUCAUUUUUAUUUUAUCUUUUGAUUAAAAGAACAAAGGCAAUGAAAUAGGAAUAUAAUUCAGAAGGUGAUUAGCUACUUACCAAAGAUGGUUGUAAACAAUGGCAAAAUAUUUUUCAAUGCAUGCCUGAUAUUUAUAAAUCAAGGAAGAAAAGCAUAACUAGAUUAGUUCAACUUUUUCCAAAUUUGAAUUAUAUAUAGAUCUUUUUAAAAAAGAUCAUAAGAAUUUUUCUGAUGGAAGCUUUAAAUAACUGCAUUCCAACUAUUCUUAGCCACAUGCAUUUUGGAAAGACUCAUUUUAAUGUGUCCAGUGCAAGUAGAUUCUGACAGCAGUUGUUCUCCAAACUAAAUAAGACCCAAACACUCCAAACCAAAUCAAACCGCACUGAAAAAACAAGAGAAGAGGUGAUUAAACCAGGUUACCUUCCAUAUCUUACCUUUGAGCUCAUUUUUUCUCCCACAGAGGUGUCCUGAGUCCUGAGGUCGCCCUUCACUCCACUCCACUCCGUAGAAGUAAUUACUAAAGAAAGGCACCAACAUGAAACUUAAGCUCGUUUUGUAGGUUAUACAGAGAACCUUUCAAAUAAUCACUCAUUCUCUUUGAGCCAAAGUAAAAUAGAGCUAUUAUCUUCUAAAAAAGAGGUCAGUUAUAGCCUCUCAUUAAAAAAAAAAUAACAUUAUUCCUGUGUAUUACAAGUCAUAUUCUUCAUACAAAACUCAAAAUCACCUGUAAUUCUGCCACCAAUGAACAACUCUUAACAUUUUCUUUAUGCAUACAAUUCUCACGGUUGAUCAUACUGCUUAUAAUCUAAUAUCCUGCUCUCUUUUCCUAUCAUAAACAUUUUUCCCAUGUGAAAAUUUUGUGCACAAUUUUUUUCUGUGGCUUCCUAGUAUUCUAUCAUGGCUGUAACAAGCAAUUUAGGUUACAGAUUAACUAUUUUCUUGGACAUUGACGUUGUUUCCCCCUUCCACACUAUUAUAAAUAACGCCAUAAUUCAGUUAUUCAUGAAUCCAUGCUUAUUUCAUUAGGGUAUGAGAUAGGUAGUUCAGUUGGUUAGAGAGCAGCCUUAUCACUGCAAGGCACAAGGCCACGGGUUUGGAUCCCUGUACAGCCAGCCCACAAAAAAAAAAAAAAAAAAAAAAAGAAUAUGACUGAAGGCCAAGUACAUUUAGCCAAAUGCAUCCAAGAAAGGAAGCUCCCCUUGAUACUCCAACAGUGGUGCAUGCCUGUCUAGUCCAAGGCUUUAAAAUUGCAUCACAUAAAUUCUGUAUUCUUGGUAGUUUAAAUUUAUGAUAGUUCCAUUUGAUUAUGUGAAAAAUCUCAAAGCAUCCUAAAUCAAAAUGUAAUUUUAGUAGAAACUACAGUGGAUAUUUGAGUUGAAAUAAACCAAGCAGAUUUGAAUCCAUAGAACACACUUUAUAAACCCAGUACUUUAAAGAAAUUAAGUAGAAAAGAGCACUUUAAUGAGUUGUUAACUAAAAUUAAAAUUCCAAGACUGUCAAAUAUAUACUAACUUCUUUCUAAAUAAAGUUCCUAGCUGAUAGCCUGGCAUUUAACAUCUCAACUAUUCACUCAAACCAUGGACACCUACCUUUAAGGAAAUCAUUUGGCAUUAUAUAAUAUCAAUACCUGUUUCAAUAUUUUCCUUAUGUUUUUAUAAGUGAUUGCUAUUUUCAGCACUAUUACCUCUAUUUAAAAGGCAUCUGGCUGCUCCUAUAAAGAAAAGAGGGAAAUAGAUGAAUUUAUAUGUUUAUUCUGCUUUAAUAUUCAUUAUUUAAAGAUGUAUAUCGCUAAAGUAGAUUAAUACAAAAUUUGAGCAGAAAGCAGUUUAUUCAUGGAGUACUUACAUAAACUGGAGUUAGUUCAAUGUCAAUGCUAUAUUCAUAUACCUAUAAUUUAAAACUCAUUUAACACAAAGUUAUGAAACUUGUGAAAGCAUAAAACUUAAUAAUAAAGGGUUGAAUCUGCAUGAAAGAA